CUACGAGGCCUCUGGUUGGUCGAAUUAGUCACGACUUUCCAUUGUUGAGGUAUUUAGACCUGGGAUUGGCAACCCAUUCCUCUUCUCUCCCUCAAGCCACCAAUCAAGCAUUUUCCCCAUCAUCGGAAUCACUUCGUUUCACCGCCUGAAAAAGCACACACACAAAUUACGCACACACAGAUACCCAGAUACCGCCACUCCGUAGCCUUGUCCGAAACUCGUUUAAGAUCCGCACCAUGACAGGACUACAAGACCGGAAUCGAGAGUUUCUGCCUCACAUAGAAGAUACCAGAAAGCCCACUGCCAAGAUCGCAGACAUAGGUACCGGUUCUGAGGCUUGGCUUCUCGACGUCGCCAAAAGCCUGCCGUCAACAUGCCAAUUCACCGGUUUUGACCUGAGGUCAUCCGCUUUUCCUCCACGAGAUACCUGGCCGUCAAACGUGUCAUUCAACAUCCACGACAUGUACCUCCCCUUUCCAGCCUCAGAAAGAGGGACCUAUGAUGUGGUUGCCGUCCGGUUCAUUAGCAGCGUCGCCGGGCGUGAGGAAUGGGCUCGUUCCAUUGCGAACUUGAUAACGUUGUUGAAACCGGGCGGCUGGCUGCAGUGGAUCGAUUCCUGCAAUUUUGCACUCUACAACUCUAUGCCUGGCACGUCCCGUGCCGCGUGCCAGGAGAUCUAUGACGGCCUGGACCUCUUUCGCGACAAAGCUGACCCGGUAAUUGGCCUCAUGAUGCAAGAGACGAAGAAUCCGAGAAGGGAAGACGUAUUUCGAGGACUUGGCUUGGUGGAUGUCCACGAAGACGUCUUUUCGUCGGACAGAUUGCAAGACCUGGAGGCGAACGCAAGGGAUAAGGGGACCCGAAAUAUUAUCGCUUGCUUUCUGGGAUGUUUGGAGGGCUUGGUGACGGUUGAUGGCAGUGGAUGGACGGCUGAGAGAAUUGAGAGGCUGAAGGAGGAGGCGAUGAGGGAGAUUGAUAGCGGGGUUUACCAUACACUCAAUCAGGUGUGUAUUAUCGGGAGAAAAUGUGAGGCUUAG